AUGACCGCCGGGCUGAUGCGGAGGCUCUCAUCAUCAACCAGAACACGCGCGCACCGAAUCAGCGUGAGGAACUGGGCACUCACACCACUGAGACAGCCCCAGAGGACUCUCGCCAACAUCAAAGAUACUUCCGAGUCGAAGACAUGGUUCACGAGCAAUUCCCCUCGCUUCGGCCCCCCAGAUCUUGGUGGCAAUGAUCAUACCCCUCCAGACGAGCGGACGUUGAAGCUUGGGAAAACUAUACGAGUUCUACACGAUCGCCUUCCCACUCUCCUCGCCUCUCCGCUUCCGCAAGAAAUACUCUCCCCGCAGAUAUCACUCCAUCUAUUUCCGUCCACCCAUCCACACCUACCCACUGUGAGGGGGAAGAUUCCAUACACAACUGCGCUAUGGACAGCGCCAGUGGCAUGGGGCAGAGUUCCUAUAAUAGGAAAUGUCAAGCUCAUAAUCCUCUCUGAGCGGAUGGUCCAAAAUGGCGGCACAUUCACAGAAGCAGAUAUGCGCCACGAGAAGCUAAUUGUGCGCUGGAAGACAUGUGGAAAAAGUAAGGGCGCGCAAACCGGGGGAUUGUAUCGUGGGAUCGGAGCUAGUGAGCAGGUUGACAAGAUUACAGAGUUUCUAGGUGGCGCUGCGCGAAAAGACGAGGAGUUUUGCGGGCUCUUUAUAUUCGAGUUUGACGAGGAAGGCAGGAUAUCGAGCCAUACUAUUGAGCAUGCGGAAGAGGGUGGAAGCUGGGACAAGACUACGAGAGUGAUCAGUGUCACAGAUUGGCUACUGGGGCGGGCGUGGGGCAAGAAGUCAGAGGAUGGGACGCCAGGACUGGCUAUGGCUCAGGAACAGAGAGAUGAUAUCGAUCAGCACCGGAGGCGGUGAUGAAUGUACAGUAUGAAGGCAGAGUUUGGUUCGACUCUCCACUGCAUGGGGGCUGGAAAAGGCGUCUGGGGCGGGAUCGGGAGGUUCUUCUUGUACUGCUACUGGCUGGUCUUCCCCAGACUCCUCUUACCAAGGUACAUUUUGGU